AUGUCUUCUGCUUCUGGAAUCGGUGCGGCACCAGAGCUCGUCGAGUGUUUUGCUCAGGCGGUCACUCAGAACGAUCUCAGAGUGAUCAAGGUGUCCAUCAAAAACGAGGCGUUGGUGGAAUCUGGGAAAUGGAAUAAACAAGGAGACUUUAUGAGCGAUUAUGCGCAUAUUGUCAAUUAUGUCGAGGACAAUGUGCCUGCCUACUUGCUCGUGCGACUCGAUUCGGCUUCUGGGUCAGAGUGGCUCUCGAUCAGCUAUGUGCCCGAUAAUGCCAAAGUUAGAGACAAGAUGUUGUAUGCGAGCACCCAGAGUGCACUCAAGAAAGCACUCGGAGACUAUCGAUUCAAAGAUUCCAUCUUUGCCACCUCCAAGGCCGACUUGACUACAGAUGGGUAUGAAGCUCAUCAGAGACAUGUCAACGCUCCCAAACCCCUCUCUGCGCGAGAGGAGGCGAUGCAGAGCAUUAGGGCGGCGGAAAAGGCCGCUGGCUUGAACAAGUAUCAAGGUGCGGGUGAGAGAAGGUCUCAUGCGGGUAGCGCACCCGUCGGGUUCAAGUGGACCUCGGAAGCAGAAGAUGCCGUUAAAGACCUUGCGAACCGAGAGGGAUGCUCCAAGUUGGUCAUCUUGAGUGUGAACACUAGGGAUGAAUCCCUCGUCUUGAAGCAAUCCUCCAGGGAUGUGUCGCCGAACCAACUUGCGUCUUUCAUUCCCUCCUCUGAGCCUACAUAUACCUUUUACUUGUGGUCCCGUCAGCGCAAUGGAGAGGAUCUCAAUUCGAUUAGUAUGUGGCACCUCUCGACAAUGACCAUCCCUAACCUCGUUCUAGUCUUUAUCUACUGCUGUCCCUCUGGAUCUCCUGUCAAGCAUCGCAUGGUGUACUCGUCCGGAGUCGUCUCGGUGGUCAAUGCAGCAAAGGGAAUGGGUGUCAGUGUCGCAAAGAGGUCCGAAACUUCAGACCCAGAGGAUAUCAACGAGGCCUUUCUCCAACAGGAACUCAGCAAUACCCCUAGCGGAUCAUCUACGCCCGUUUCAGGGGAGAGAGUAGCAUUUGCAAAGCCCAGAGGACCUCCUCGUAGGCGCUAA